AUGUCUGCAGAGCGGUGGCGGUUGACCCAUAGUAAGCUGGUCGACGCACUGUUUGUCAGGAUGGAGAAUGUCCCAGACAGUCCAAUGCCUACAUUCGAAGGCACUGGCUGGCUGAAUGGUGUCAAGAUCCUGACAUGCAAGGACGACCCAACAUUGCAGUGGCUGCAAGCGACCGUACCCAAACUGGACGGGCUGUGGAAGGGGGCCAAGCUGGACGUGGUGGACAGGAAUAAUAUUCCGUCCAUGCCGAAGGCGAAAGUCCUUUUCCCAAUAGUUGUUCAGGGAGAGCGGGCGCUUCAGCUGCUUAAAAAGCAAAACCCGGCCAUACCGACGAGUGAGUGGUCCGUGCUGAAGGUUGAUGAACCUUUACCCAGUGGUGGGCAGCACGUGAUCAUUCAGAUCAACAAGGAGGCCGAGGAUCUGCUAUACAAGCGCAAUGGGAAGAUGGCGUGGGGCUUAGGGAGCGUGUACCUUCGCCUCAAAAAACGUCAUCCCAACGACCAGGACACACACACGCUGAGGUCAGGGGAGGUUGAGGCAGAUCUCGGUCUUGAGAGCGUGACCGACGCUACCCAGAACCUCAGCCUGACUGACAAGACGGAGGAGGUGGGGGAGGAACUGACCAUGCAGACGGGCCCCCCGCGAGUUUGCUAACCUCUAAUGAGUGUGCUGCAACUCAACCUCCAUAAAUCCAAAACGGCUUCGGCGGAGCUACUCCUUGCCUUGGAGGAAGUAUCCGCCUACGCGGCUUUGGUCCAAGAACCGUGGAUAGCGUCGGGCAACACGGUGGCUGGGCUGAAGUCGCCUAACUAUGAUUUAUACGUCCCGACAUUGCAAUGACGAUCUAACCGUGGUGGUGCUGGAGAGCCGUGAAGGAUGUUUGCUGCUGGCAUCCUGUUAUAUGGCCCACGAUAAGCCGGCUAAACCUGACGAGCUACGGAGGUUGCUGGACAUGGUCUGCUCCUCCAACAAGCAUAUUAUAAUCGGAACGGACGCCAACGCCCACCAUAGCGUCUGGGGAAGUCCCGACAUCAACGACAGGGGUGAGUCAG